AUCCAGAACAAUUCGUCAGCUGGAGUUUUCUCAUAAUUGUGAGACUAAAGCGAAAUUCUGAUGGCAUUCUGAUACUGCUUUCUAUUUGCCGCCUGUAUGCGUUGGAGAUUUGGAUUCUGCAUCGCUGUUUCUUCUCGGAAAACUUUAGGCUUGUGCGCAUAUGUAUGUAAUCCUAUGUCAGACGGAGUACGCGGGUUCAAAUGGUCAAUGGGUGCUAUGUGGUCUUAUACGGGGCGUUGCUCCGUACUUCCCCUUCUCGGUUCUGGUAAAUAUCAUGCUGGAUGCGCCGAUUUGAUGAUCACGGAAAAAGAUGGAGAUCCGGGAGUCUUCAUGCGGGUGUACUAUCCGACUGAAUAUAGUGCCCGAAGUUCCGUUGCGCAUGAGCACCCAUUGUGGUUGAGCCGAUCGGAGUACUUAGAUGGUCUUGCCGCAUAUUUGAAACAAUCAGCUUCUCGUUUGCACUUCCUUUACAACUGGGUGAUUGGGGAAGUGAGAGAACCGGCACUGUGGCAUGCUGAUCUAGUCAAGUCAAUCCAUGCUGUAUCUGAAGCGAGCCGAACUCCUACAAAUUCCACAUUUCCGAUCGUGAUAUUUUCCCACGGAUUAUCAGCCUGUCGUCACUUUUACUCAGUUUUUUGUUCGUCAUUGGCAUCUCAUGGCUUCAUAGUCGGCGUUGUCGAGCAUAGCGAUUAUUCUUCUUGUUGGACCUACAAACUAAGUCCAAAUUCUACCUCGGAUCGCUUCGAGGAACGUCAGUUUCCAUUACGACUUGUGGACCUUAAUGACAAACGUCUAUUUAAAAUAAGGAAUCAGCAGCUGAAUAAACGGGUAGCGGAAUGUGUCAAGGCACUACAUGUCUUUGAAGAAAUCAACCUUGGCCAGCUUCAGUCCAAUGCUAUCGCUUUAGGAGGGGACAUGGACUGGUUGCAAUUCAAGGAUAGGAUAGAUCUUUCAAGAGCUUUUGUGGCUGGCCACUCUUUUGGAGGUGCGACGGCUAUAGCCGCUACAGCUUUCUCCACCGACUUUCAGGCUACUAUAGUAUUAGAUGGAUGGUUAUUUCCACUUGAAUCAGGGCAUUAUGAGCGUGCGUCGCAACCGACACUGUUUCUCAAUGUCGACAAGUGGCAGUGGCCCGAGAAUCUGGAACGGAUGACGAAGCUGAGGAACAUCUCAGAGAAGCUCGUACUCACCUUGAGAGACGCUGAGCACAGCUCAUUCACCGACUUUCCUUUCUUGUUCAAUUCAUUCAUCGGGAAGAAGCUGAAGUUAAUUGGGGAAACACCGUCAAAAGCAGUCAUGGGUGCGAUUGUGGACUUGACUGUUACCUUUCUGAAUCGCGAUCGUGACGCGGAUAUGGGUACUUUUUCACUGAAAGACGAGUACCAAGCAUUCAUUGCCGAAGGAUUUCCUAGUCAUAUAUGAAGCACAACGUUUGGUUUAUGAAUUAUCUUUUUGUAUAGAAUUUUAAAUUCGUAAUUUUAUUUGAUAAAGAUCAUGCAUGAGAAGAGG